CAACGUAGCUAGGACUGUUCUAUACAUGGUGAAACCAAAAUAGUAGAACAUUCCAUAUAUAAGAAAACAAGAAAAAAAAACACAACAGUGGUAGCUAGCUAGACGUACAACAAAAAUGGAGAUGACAAGGUGUUUGUUGUUGGGGUUUGAGGCAAGCAAGGCAUUCUUGUUCCUCACUUUGAACGAACUCUUCCUUGCUGUAUUCAUGAUUUUGGUACAGUCACUAACCUCCAAUGGCGUCAGUGCCCUCGUCAUUGUGGUCUACGAGCAUGUCAUCGCCACCGUUCUCUUGUCAUUUCUCGCUUUCUUCCUUGAAAGGAACAAUAGGCCUCCUUUCUCCAUCAAGAUACUAUGUUAUGCAUUCCUGUUGGGGUUGUUGCAGUAAGUAUAACACUUCUUCUUGUUCUACAAGCUUGAAGUUUUUCUCAGAUCAGAUUAGUUCAGAUCACUUGAUAAUUUUACACAUAUGGAUUUCUCUUAGCCAAGUGCUAUUCACAAUGUCCCUGCAAUUUGUUGCAUCAACCUAUCAAAGCGUUGGGCUGAACUUGAUCCCCUCACUAGUAUUUGUAAUGGCCCUCAUUUUCCAUCAAGAAAAGCUCAAAUGUUGGAGCAUCUACGGGCAAGCCAAGAUAUGGGGUUUAGCACUCUCGGCUGCCGGGGCAUUGGUUGUACUGUUGUGGAAGGGGCCAGUUGUGUUAAACUCUAUGUUGUUCAACAUUCAAGCAACCAGUGAUGUUGUCACUGGCAGCACAAUGAUAAUUGUUGGCGUACUUGCAAAAAGCUUUUCCAAUAUUUUGGUGGGUCAGGUCAUUCAGUUUUACCCAGCAGAACUAUCCUUAACCGCAAUGAUGAGCUUAUUUGGCACCAUCCAAACUGCCGUAGUCUCUGCAUUUGUGAUAUCAUGGUCAUCUUGGGAUCUAAAGUGGGAAAAAGGGCUUGUCUUGGUUACCAUAUUACUUGGAGGAAUUGUGGUGACGGGAUUAUCAUAUUAUGUGAUGACUUGGUCCAUUAAGAAGAAGGGUCCUGUAUUUCACAUCAGCAUUUGACCCACUUUUAGUGGUUUUCUCAUUUUUUCUACAGACAUUUGUACUGGGAAAUUCUGCAUAUUUGGGCAGCAUCGUCGGAGCUGUUUUGGUUAUACUUGGCCUGUACCUAAUUGUCUGGGCAAAAAACAAUGACAUGGACAACAAAGGAAUUGUGACUGAUGAUUCUGUUUACUCUCCCUUAAUUCAACCAUGAACGAGAGAGAAGCCAGAUUUCAACAAGAAGCUGUAAUUCACAUGGCAUUCCUAUGGCUAAGUGACUUGGUAAUAUGGAAAAGCAGAUUGUUCUAUUUGUUCUUUUUCUUUUUUGUUCUGUUCAUUCCAUCUCAUAGUGGAUGGGCUAUCUUUAACUCCAAAAAUAGCAAACUUUAAGCUUUGAUAAUGACUUUUGUAUUAUAAUUUUGUUGAGCAAUUGUGAUAAAUAAUAUUUUGAUGUCA